UCAGUAAGAGUAACAUUGAGUGAGGGUCAGUGAGAGUAACAGAGUCAGUGAGAGUAUCAGUGACAGUAACAGAGUCAGUGAGGGUGGGUGAGAGUAGCAGGGAGGGUCAGUGAGAGUAACAGUUUGAAUGAGAGUAACAGUGUGAGGUUCAGUGAGGGCAGGAAGUUAGUGAGAGUGUGGGUGAGCGGUCAGUAACAGUGAGGAGGAUAGUAACAGUAAGUAAGUGAUCUGAUCCAUUACAGCUGCCAGACUGGUCACUGUCUGGGUGUUCGAUGAUCUAUCAAGCACGGAUUUGCAAUGUUGAUGAAGAGAGGAUUGUCACUGACUCGGAGAAGAGCCACUUUGUUACGGUUUUUCGAGAAUGUGAUUUGGGUCAGAAAGGCUAUCUGAGCAGAGAAGAUCUCAAGGUUGCAGUGGUAACCAUGUUUGGAUAUAAACCUUCCAAGAUGGAGACAAAUGUGAUGAUGGCCGCAGUGCUGGAAAACCACUUGCCAGGCUUACCCCUCGAACAAUUCACGAACCUCAUGAGCAGGAAGAUGGCAGCCCAAGAUCGCUACGACCAGAUAAGGCAGAUCUUCUCGGCGUUUGACGCACGCUGCCGUGGCUUUUUGACGUUGGAGGAUUUUAAGAGGGCGUUUGCAGAUGUUACACCCCGUCUGCCCGAGCAAACCGUGCUUGAAGCUUUCAGGGAAGUGGAUCGGGAUUUGGAUGGCCAUGUCAGCUUCAAAGACUUUGAGAUCGUCAUGCAUCAUGAGUAAGAAGCUAACAAAACCUGGAGUGAGGAAAGAUAUUUCAGCUCUUGCAACCCAACUGCUCCAUAAUGUAUGGACAGUGAUCUUGGGAGGGAAGCCAUUGCUCAACCAGAAGUGUCAUUAACUGCGGUUUAUAUACUUCAUAUUCUACAUCUGACUGGAGGGAUACUGCAAAUGGUACUUUCGGGAGGGAGUGACACUCACAAAUUGUGCAUCGCCAGGAAAUCGUAGCUUUGUUGCAUUGAAUACAAUAAACAUAUGAUUUUAUAUAUUCCGUACGUCAUAUCCCACAGUAUUGGUGGUGGAUGCAAAGUGAAUGGUUUAUCUCUUAUACCAUCUACAGUCUCAUGAAGCCCCUACCCCCCGUUCAGGCUAUAUUACCCAGUCCCAAAGCCCAACUCCUCUCCCAACUAGUCUCUCUGACAACCUCCAACCUCCAUUCUGACCCCAAUACCCCACUGACCUUAGUCUUUUUCCCUAAUCCCAGAUUGUGACAAAGCCAUGUUUGAGCUGGCGAUGUGAGUUAAAUGUUGUAGGCAAAACUAGAUGUUCUGUUGGAAUGGUGAGAAUUUUCUGGCAAAUUGCAACCUUUCAUGUAUAUAUAAUUGAGUCAUAGAGUCUUAUUUUAAAUUGACAUGUAUAAAAUAUACAUGUCUGAUAGGCAGUCGUGAAAGUGCGAAAAAGAUUUAGAAGGAUGAUAAUUGCUUGGUAGUACAGAACUUGAAUAUUGCUGAAAAGAGAAGACAUGUUGCUGAAAUUCUUCAUCUUGCACUCAUCAGGGCAAAUGUAAGAAUGGCAGAUUUACAAGAAAGCCAAUCAGCAAUGUUGUAAAUAGGGUCCUAUCCAUUUGCUCACCUUGCAAGCUUUAUGCAGAAAUAGAGCAGAUCAAAGCUCUCCUGCAGGAUAAUGGCUACCCUGAUCAGAUCAUUGUUUGCCGUAUAUUGUGCAAACUGGCAAAUGGGCCAAGGGCCGCCACUUUUGGGCCUGAAAAGUGCCUGGUCUACCUCAAAUUACCCUGGAAAAGCAAAGUAUCUCAAAAAUUUGAACAAGUUAAGCAAGCCAUUUUAUGCUGCUACUAUGCAGUGAUUACACGAGUGGUAUUUUCCACUAACAGGAUGCUGCUGAGCGUCCAAAGAAACGUUCUGCCUAUCAGGACGUGAAUGAAUUUCGAUGCUGGUGUAAUGACAGGUACGUGGGCCAUGUGUCCCAACAAUUGGAUGAUGAAAUCAAACAGUAUGUUUUUUCAGUUGUUCGUAGUAGGCAGAAUACAGACCAUGGUCAACCAGCCCUCGCUUGCAAAAUGCAAAACAAAAAGUCUACUGUUAGGUGUGAUUCUGUGUUUGUGCAGCACUUACUGAACAAUCCUGAGUAUGCUAAUAGCCACACUAACAACCAAUUUAUGAUAAUCAGGCGAGCUUGUAACUUGGCUGAUUUAUGCUUGCUAAAAGUGACAGGGACCCAUUCUCUGGAAACAAAAGGAAUAUGCUCAAGCCUUGCCCCUUUUUUAAAUUCCCCAGGAGCUUAGGGAGCCUUUAUUUUCCAUUGUUAUCUCCUUGGCAACGCCUCGUCAAUCAAAGUCAACUUGCCAACCAAUCAGCACCCUUUUCUCAUGUAAUAUACAUUGUUGUGAUCAUUUGAAAUUGGGUAUUCUUGCAUUUGUCCUGAUGAGUGCAAGAUUAAAAGCUUCAGCAACAAUCUCUUUUCAGCAAUAUUCUAGGAUAAUACUCAAACUGAGAGGCAGGAAAGGCUGAAGAGUCUGGGUACUUUUCUCCAAAAUAAGAAGCAAGAAGCUGAGGAAUGACUGAUUGAGGUCUCCAAAAUUAUGAACAGUUUGAUCAGAUAGAAGUAAAGAAGAUGUUUCCUCUUGAGCUAAGGCCAUAAGUAUAAGAUAGUUGCCAAUAAAUUCAGUAAGGAAUUCAGGAGAAACUUCUUAUCCAGAAACUGGUUAGAAUGUAGAAUUCACUACCACAGAGUAGUUGAGGUGACUAAUAUGGAUAUGUUUAAGGGGAUGCUAGAUAAAAUGCAUGAGAGAGAAAGGGAUAGAAGGACAUGCUGAUCGGAUAAUUGAAGGGGGAAGUGAGAAGGUUGGUGUGGAGCAUAAAUGCCAACAAAGGCCUGUUGGGCUGAAUGGCCUAUUCCUGUGUUGUAAAUUGAAUUAAAUUCACUGGCAGAGAGCUGUUUAUUUUGCUGGAGUGAAAACAUUUUAGCCGCAGUGAAUGAAUGCAGCUUCAAAGGACAGAGGUGACAGGCCUGUCAAGCUCAGUGUUUGUAACAGAUUCUGAAAAUUACACCAUGCUCUGAGACACUGUGUGACAUCAGUGCCUUAUUAUCAAUUCAACCAUCUGAGAUCUCUGCACUCCUCCAAUUCUGGCCACUUGAACAUCCCUGAUUUCAAUUGUUCUACUAUUCGUGGCUCUGCCUUUAGCUGCCUGAGUCCUAGGCUCUGGAAUUCCCUCCAUAAAUCACUCCAUCUCUCUCUCUCUCUCUCUCCUUCUCCUUUAAUAUAUUCAUUAAAACCUACCUCUUUAACCAAACCUUUGGCCACCUGUCCUAACAUCUCCUUAUGUGGCUCAGUAUCUAAUUUUGCCCUGUGAAGCAUCUUGGGAUGGUUUACUAUGUUAAAGACACUAUGUAAGUGCAAGUUGUUGUUGUUUUUCAAAUAAGCGAUAAAAAUAAAACUUGUUGAGAACAAU